CUCAUGUGUAAAUUUGAAAGUGACCUUGCGUCCUAGUUAUGUAUGUUACGGAUGUGUAUUUUCAGUGAACACGGCGUGUUUUGUUGAAGAAAACGCUUUACAUCUCCUGAUCAAGUGAUUUUACUAGAUCCAAAAAUGGAGUACCUUAAAUUAGCAGGGGCAAGUGUAGUCACAGUAGGAGCUGUGGGUACAGCUGCUGCUCUGUAUCUAUCCCAGGGUCCAGAACCUAUACCUCUUAUAACUGACAUGAACAAUCAAACACAACCAUGGAAACAUGAUGGCAUGGCAAGAAUAUCACGAAUGUGUAAAAAUGGUGAUCUCCUUGAAUACCAAUAUGAUGAUGCAAAGACUUUGCUGGAAUCCUUUAAGCGUGGAGCAAGAAUUUCAAAUAAUGGACCAUGUUUGGGUCGUAAACCGUCCUCAUCAGAACCUUUUGAAUGGAUAACAUAUAAUGAGGUGUUAGAAAGAGCAAAGAAUGUUGGUGCAGGAUUAGUAAAACUUGGCCAUCGACCUGUCAAUUCAACUCAUCUUGGAAUUUAUUCACAAAAUAGACCAGAGUAUGUAAUAUUUGAUCAAGGAUUAUAUAUGUAUUCGAUGGUUGGCGUACCUUUGUAUGAUACAUUAGGAACAGAAGCCUGUAAUUUUAUUAUAAAUCAAGCCAAACUUGAAACUGUUGUCUGUGAUACGAAUGCUAAAGUUAAAAAUUUACUUGAUCGUUGGAAAGAGACAAAAGACACUUUAAAAUGUAUAGUUUGUAUGGAAACAAUGUCAGAUGAAAAUCAGACUAAAGCCAAUGCUAAUGGUAUUAAAACCAUGCUAUUCUCUGAACUUGAGAAACUAGGAAAAGAUAACCCAGUUAAAGAAAAUCCCGCCACACCUGAUGAUUUAUGUUUGAUAUGUUAUACGAGUGGUACAACAGGUUUACCAAAAGGAGCAAUGUUAUCUCAUAAAGGUUUAGUAGCAGUGGUCAGUGCCAUUGCAGUACAGUUGCAACCUGCUGGUGUAGAUAUUGGACCAGGUGAAACAAUGAUAUCAUACUUACCAUUAGCUCAUAGUUAUGAACGGAUGUUGGAGUGCUAUAUAUUUACUCAUGGGGCUAAAUUGGGUUUUUUCCAAGGUGAUGUACGGAAACUUAUGGAUGAUAUCAAGGAAUUACAACCCACAUUAUUCCCUACUGUACCCCGAUUAUUAAACAGAUUCUAUGAUAAGGUAAUGGCUGGUGUUAAUGCAAGCACCUUUAAAAAGUUUCUGUUUAAUAUUGCAUUAGGUGAAAAAGAGAAGGAAAUUAAAAGGGGUGUUAUAAGAGAUAACAGUAUCUGGGAUCAGUUGGUGUUUAAGAAGAUUCAAGCUGCCCUUGGAGGAAAAGUUAAACUGAUAACCACCGGAUCUGCCCCUCUUUCACCAAAAGUACUUUCUUUCUUACGAUGUAUUGUUGGCUGUCCAGUUAUAGAAGGAUAUGGUCAGACAGAGAGCCAUGCUAUAUCAACAUUACAGUUACCUGGAGAUGCACAAUCAGGAACUGUUGGUCCGCCAUUAGCAUGUAAUGCAAUUAAAUUGUGUGAUGUCACAGAGAUGGAAUACUAUGCAAAGAAUAAUAAGGGAGAGAUUUGUGUUAAAGGGCCAAAUGUAUUUACAGGAUAUUUAAAUGAUCGUGUUAAAACUAAAGAAGCACUAGAUGACGAUGGUUGGUUACAUACUGGUGAUAUUGGAGAAUGGUUACCGUCUGGUACCUUGAAAAUUAUUGAUAGAAAGAAGCAUAUCUUCAAGCUAGCUCAGGGUGAAUAUAUAGCACCGGAGAAGAUAGAGAAUGUCUAUGUACGAUCCUCUCUCAUAUCACAAGUAUUUGUACAUGGUGACAGCUUACAGGCUUGUUUAAUUGGUAUUGUUGUGCCUGAUCCAGAUUUACUACCCAAAUUUUGUAAACAGAAAUUAAAUUUAACAGGAAAUAUUUCUGAUCUUGCCAGAAAUCCAGAAGUGAAGAAAGCCAUUAUGGCGGAUCUAGUGGAAGUAGGAAAGAAAUCUGGUUUACAAUCAUUUGAACAGAUUAAAGAUGUGUAUGUUUAUCCAGAGAUGUUUUCAGUUGAAAACGGUCUGCUCACACCCACCUUUAAAGCCAAACGACAAGAGCUCUUAAAAUACUUUAAAAAACAGUUACAAGAGAUGUACGAUAAAAUGGCCUAAUAUUGAUGGAUUGAUCAUUCCAAAAAUCACAGAUAUACAAUGCCACAUUAAACUUGAGUUAAAUAUAUUAUAUAUACUUUAUUGUUUUAGUUAUAAUCUUAUUUAUUAUCAAAAAAACACACAAAAAUGAAGAAGAGCUAGUUUUAUAAGAUACGAUUGACUUUUGGAUGCAAUUAUUUUUUUUGGGUUUAUUUGUUGUUUUUUGUGAGUGUUUUUGUGUUUGGGUUAGUGACCAACAUGUUUAAUGUAAAUAUUGAUGUAAUUGUAUAAAAAAAAAAUGGAAAAACUUAAGUAAGCGAUUAUUAAAAAAAAGAAUCCAAUUUAAUAAAAAUGAAAAGAAAAGAUGUUUUGAAAUACAUCAGCAAAUAUUUGGAGUGUAGUGAAGGGUUAGUUGUCUAGAUAAUAUUAGAUAAUGAGUUAAUUGUACAGUGUUGGUUUUAGAAAAACAUAUGAGAUUAUUAAAACUUUACAAUAUGGAAGGCGUUAAAGAUACACUCAUGCAUAAUCAUCAUUAUUAAAGUGUAAAUUGAAUAUUUAAAGUUGACUUGGAAUUUCAGCUAUGUAUAUUAAGAAAAUUUGUUUGUUUAUUUAUACAAUGAAUUAUUAGACUUGGCAGUGCUAAAUUUUGAACUGUCUAAAAUAUGAGUCGGGUUGGGGUGGAGAUUGCUAGAUUUGCAGUACAGGCCAAUUGUAAUGGAUUAAAUAGAUUGGAAGUUUGCACAGUAACAGUUUUAACAGACUACUUCUUGCAAAUGUAUAUUUCUAUGAACCUGUUCUACCAUUGGCUACUAUUUUAACUUCUCUGUACAUGUCAGUCGAGUUGGCCCUCUGUAUAUCGAAUAUGAUUAUAGUAUGAAAGAAAGAUGCUAGGUGUAUGAAAGAUAGAUGAUGUAGAUGAGUGUAGGAAAGGUUAAUAUAUCUCUACUUUUAAGUGCAGAGCUUGAGUAAAUUGUGAAGCAUUAUAUAGUGAGAAGUGUUUAAACUGUUAAUAUAACCUGUGAAUAUACUGAUAGUUGUGUUUAAUUGUUAGUAUAGUAAUUAUAAUGUUGGCAGCAUUCUUUCUAAACCUCACAAAAGCUGCUAUAGAUUCCCUAAUAUUACUAGUAGGAGGUUAAACCGCAUUUCAUUUAUUUUUAUUAUUAAUUCCAUACUUUGUGAAACUUUUAACAUUUAUUUAAAUAGAAAAGAAUAAAUAAUUUUAUAAUGGUUGGCUUAUACAUAUAUUGCGUUGGAAGUACUGAUGAGUUAUUGGGAAUAUAAAAAUUAAUUGAUGAGUUAAAGGAACAACAAACAGGUGGCAUUUAAAAUUUAAAGAAUAUACCAUACUAUUAUUGCAAUUUUGGGUAAAGAAAUACAAAACUAUAUAUAUGAAGAACCUGGAGAAUUAAAAUUGGCAAUUUGAAAUUGAUUGAAACUUGAUCUAGGAUAAAUUGAUUAGAAUAAUUAUUUGACUGGUAUGUUAUUUGGGUGCUUGUGAUUUGCGUAGGGUAUUAUUCUAGCAUGAUUUCUCUUUACACAUUUCUCAUGGUCUCUAUAGUUUAUUCUAUAUGCAUCACUCAUAGUAUUGAAUUCCAUAGAUUGUUUGGUUAAAUUAUUUAUUGUUGAUUGUUUUUUGUUUACGUACAUAUGUAUAAUACACAAGUAGCGUUUGUUAUUAGUUUGUAUGUGCAAUGCUGUUCAGUGUCAUUAAAAGAUUAGUAAGCUCAUUAAUUUUAAAAAAUAGUUUAAUAAUUACUAACUAUCCAGCAUGGGUUUAUGUUGUUUAAGUAAAAUUUCUAUCCUCUUAUGUUUUAUGGAUUUUCUCACAAAGCAGGUUAAAAAGUAAAAUCAGUGGUGGGUAGAAAGAUAUUUUAUCAAACAGUCCAUUGGUUAUAGGGGCAGAUAUGCUAUUUGCUGAAUACAAAUUACAAAAUAAAUUGUUUGUCCUCAUUUUGGACCAAAUUUUAAUAUUCAUUAAUUUUUCACCCAACCUCAUUGAUCCAAAUUAAUCAAAUUGUUUUCUUACCCUUAACUUAUAGAACAAAAACAGCUUAUUAUUCACAGUAUUUACUUUAACUGAAUCAUAAAGAAGUAAUAAUUAUAAUUUUAUUAAUAUUGUGACAGUAUUGUCCUUUUAAAAAUAUUUGCUAAAUAUGAAAUUAUUUAAUGUGUGCUUCAUUUUCAUGUGACUGACCCAUAGCUUUAGUGAAUUUGUUCUCUUGAUCAGUUCCGCAUUUUGAUGUCUCUUAGCCUUUUAGUCACAGUUCAACUAAAAUGUACAUUAUACCCUAGUAAUUUAUUUUAGUGCAUGUAAUUAGUUCUGAUUUAUUAUUGCAAUUCAGACGUUUGAUUAAAAAAAAAAUUCGAAAAACUGUGGGUCAUCAUAUUUAUGAGUAAAUUGCUCAUCAAAUAAGGUUACACAAGCUUCAUUUUAUAGCCAGUUUAUAUUUGAUCAAUUUCAUUUGUAAUUAUUAAACUGUAUAUGUACACAUGUAUAUCAAAUUUCUUGAAGCUUAAAGGCUUAAAUUGUCAUUCUAUACAGCUCUUAAUUUGCAAAUAAAAAUAAGUUGUGAUUCAA